AUGGAGGCGCCGCGCUCCGCUCGGGCUCCCGCGGCGCCCCCGGGCUGCCCCUCCCGGGGAGGCAGCGCCGCUCCCCGCCUGCCUCCACAGCGCCUGUGUCGCACAUUUUGCCUGUCAUUGAGGUCGCAAAGAGGCGCUUUGCGGCCGGCACGUGAUCGCCCGCCUGUCAAGCGCUGUGAGAGAACCGGGGGCGGGACCGCGCCGGGACCGGGCACCGCGGGCACCACGGGCCCCGCGGGCCCGCGCCCAGGGAGCGGAGCGGAGCGCCCAGGCCCGCGCUGCCCAGCGGAGGUGCCGCCGGUCCGCCCGCGCGGGGCCGAGGGAGCGGGCACAGCCCCCGUCCCGUCCCGCCGGUUGGCGGCUCCCCGGGCCCGGCGGCGGCGCGGGGUGUCCCGGCUGGGCUCCGCCGCCAAGUGCGGCCUAAACGGGUUGGCGGGGACCUGGCUGCGGCCAUCCCUGGGCGGUGCGGGGAAACAAGGGCCGGAGGACGGCCUUGCCUCUCCGUCCAUCCGUCCCUGCAUCCAUCCGUCCGUCCAUCCCUCCCUGCAUCCAUUUCUCCCUCCCUCCAUCCAUCCGCGGUGCCAUCGGGGAAUGCAGCGAUUCGGUCCCCGUCCCCCCCGACAGCCCGUACCGUUGUGCCCGCCGAGUGACCCGACCCCACCGGGCGGGGGGCGCGCACAGGGCCGGGGCUCGGUACAGCUCGGUGGUUUUCCCCUCGCCCUGUUCCGACUAAUCACAAAAGAAGGAAGUGCGUUUUUCCACAGGUUUUUGAGCCGACGGACCCGUGAUCUGCACAGCGGCCCUCGCUCAGGCUUAGCACUCCAGCACUAUCAAAACAGGAAGGAUUUGAUCCAGAACGUGAAGAGAAGGUGAAAACCUGCACAUGCCCCACGUCGCAGGAAGUUCACGUUCAAGUCACAACGAAAGUUUCUAUUCCCCUUCUCACCUUCUCACAACCCCUCGCUGCGAGCCACUCGAGCUGUGUUGUGUUCUUCAAAGAGUGUUAGACAAAGUAGGGAGCUGCUUAUCUUACUCCUUGUAAUGCUCGCCGAUAAGAUCUCCCUCCAGAAAGUGUUUUUUUCUGAUGAUUCUGGAGCCCACUGGAACAAUUCUUUUAGUUUUAGGGGGAUUAUCUUCGUCAUUCAUGAGACGAAACGAUCAGGACUAACGAGCUACUUUCUGCAAAGACGUUUGACAGAGCCCCACGGUAGAGGAGGCUUCGCGGCAUUUUCUGGCCGGGCAGUUUGACUUGCAGGAGGCCUGCAGCACUCCAACUACCCUCUACUUAAUUAUUUUUGCUAUGUGGUGUGAUUAACAGAAGAUGCGAACUUUAUUCUGAACUGUAAACCAACAAAAAAUAAUGUGAGACUGUUGUAAGACUUGCAGGUCUAAUUUUGCAGUAAUUCAGCAACAGGGAACACCACCAAAGCCUGUGGAUUUUAGUAGUGAUUAGUCACAAAAUAAAGUUACUUACAAGCCGUCUGAAUGAAUAAUCGAAGUUUUGCAUAUAAAUUCCUUCCUUAUGCAGAAAAGCAACUAUAUUUGAAUAAAUAAAUUAUAUUUGUGUGUAUA